GGCCGCUCCCCAUAGAUUUGGCCUGGGCUUUCGUUGUUUGUGUCAAGAGGGAGACCUGAGAAGUUGCUUGGCCUUUCGUGACCGUUGUCUUGGACCGAGUCCCGGGCCUCUGGAGCCAAAUUUCUGUCCUCUGGGCCUCCGUAACCCCAGGCUGUCCCCAGCGAGGAGGCACUUUAUUGGUUCUGGAGAGACUUUAAUCCUCGCCCUUUGGCCAAAAUUAUAGGAGCGUGAAGACAAGAAGAGAGGAUUAUCCAGACCGGGCAAAGCAUCCGUCCCUCGACAAGUCACGCAGGUGCCCUCUUGGGUCGGGGGAAGUGUUCGGGAAUUAAUCCGGGGGUCUCAGCAAACCAGAGCGGGAAAAAUAGAGUGCCCCCCACAACUAUGGAUCCGGGGACAACCGUGAGCAUGAAUGGAGCUGGACACUCUCUCGGCCCCACAGCCGUCAAGCCGGAGACGCCGCAAGGCUGGAGGAAAUUGUGUCGGCUCUUUCCGUCCAACUUUUGGGAAGAGGCGAAGAAGAUCUUGGUGCUGGCAGCGCCGCUGACGCUCAUCCAGUUGCUGGUGUUUAUGAUCCACGUCGUCAGCACCAUCUUCUGUGGACACCUUGGCAAAGUCGAGUUGGCGUCCGUCACCCUUGCCAUCGCGGUUAUAAAUGUGACGGGUGUCUCUGUAGGUUUCGGCUUGUCUUCAGCCUGCGACACGCUGAUAUCCCAGACAUACGGAGGGAAGAAUAUGAAGCGUGUGGGGAUCAUCUUGCAACGGGGCAUCCUCAUUCUGCUCCUCGUCUGUUUUCCUUGCUGGGCAGUUUUUGUCAACACCGAGCAAAUUCUCCUCCUCAUCCAACAGGAUCCAGAAGUCUCCAGGCUUACUCAAGUCUACGUCAUGAUCUUCAUCCCGGCCCUUCCAGCUGCGUUUAUUUAUCAGAUAGAGACAAGGUACUUGCAGAACCAGAGGAUCAUCUGGCCGGAGGUCCUCUGCGGCAUUGCCGGGAACAUUGUCAACCUGAUUGCAAACUACGUCUUUCUUUACCAGCUUGAUAUGGGAGUCAGGGGGUCCGCCUGUGCCAACACCAUUGCUCAGUAUUCGCAAGCCAUCGCUCUCUUCCUCUACAUCCGAUGGAAAAAGCUCCACGUUGAAACUUGGGGAGGCUGGUCCCUUGAAUGCCUCCAGGAAUGGGACGUCUUCAUGGCUUUAGCCGUCCCCAGCAUGCUCAUGACCUGCAUUGAAUGGUGGACCUUCGAAAUCGGGAGCUUUCUGAUUGGUCUUCUCAGCGUCCUUCAACUGUCAGCGCAAUCCAUCAUUUACGAAGUGGCCACUGUGGUUUACAUGGUCCCCUUUGGCAUCAGUGCGGCCGUCAGCGUCCAGGUGGGAAAUGCCUUAGGAGCCGGGAACGCGGAAGAAGCCAGGAAGUCCUCUGUGGUCUCCCUUUUAUGUACAGUGUGUUUUGUCUUCCUGAUGUGCGUCGUGUUGUCGGCCACAAAAGAUAUCCUGGCUUACAUAUUCACCAGCGACGAAGAAGUGAUAGAGCUGGUGGCGUGGGUGAUGCCAGUGUAUAUCUCCUUUCAUCUCUUCGAAGCCCUCUCUGCGACAACCAGCGGAGUUCUGCGCGGAACCGGGAAGCAAAAACUCGGCGCCAUCUUCAACGCCAUCGGCUACUACGCCAUCGGCCUGCCAGUGGGCGUUGUGUUGAUUUUUGUCGCCAAAAUGGAAUUGAUGGGACUUUGGGUGGGGAUGUUCAUCUGCGCCCUGAUCCCAUCCACGUUCUCCAUCAUCUACAUUGCCCGGAUGAACUGGAAACAGGCGGCGGAGGAGGCUCAGCACCGCGCAGGAUUGACUCAUAGGCCAACUAUGGAGGAUUCGAAUUCGGUUCCAGGACCAGCCAAGAUGGCACCUUCCUCCAUUACAGAAAACACUUGCAUACCUGGACCGACGGACUCCCAAAACGGUGUGGUGCUUGUGAGGUUUGCCGCGGUGGACGGGCCGACCUACCAGGCCGAGAGGACGGAGGGCGUCUCCGUCGUCGGCAAAGUAUUGACGACCAAAGAAUUGAUCGUGUGGAGGGGAUUGGCUAUCGGAGCUGCCCUUGCCGUCUUGGCGUUAGGAGUUGCCGUCCGGUUGUUCACCGUUUAGGAUUCGGAAAGACGUCAACCUCCCAAUUCAUCAAGCGAGAUCUAGGGGUGCCUUGCUUCCGAAGUAAAUCGAUGGACGCCAGUAACAUUUGAACCUGGAACCGGGAUCAGAAAAAAAACCCCGACGGACUCUCAAGAGACUAAGCUUUGGAGUCUUUUUGUUAAACAAAGAUCUUCCCUAAAGGAGAGACUUUGAAAU